ACUUGCCAGAAUGGUGGCUACUGCAAACCUGUGAGUUUUAUUGAAGAAUGCGAAUGUCCUCCGGGAUUUUAUGGACGAUACUGCGAGGUGAAACUCAACCUUUGCCACCAGCUACUUGAGAUCGACCUAGUCUCCUCGUCCUACAACGGAGAGGGUCGGUUGCUGGGAAACAGGAGAACCCUUUCUCUCACGUCGGCCACGACAGCCCUCAUUGAGAGCAAGCGAAACGAUGGCGUGGAGCUGGACACGGAUCUUCUCACGUCCAUGCACCUCUCGAAGACCACUCUCGGACCCUGCUACCCGCAAGGCACUCUGCAGUGCAUUCCCAAACCAGGAGACUUUUCCUGUCAGUGCCGCUACGGAUUCGACGGUCGGUUCUGUGAACAACGGAGGGAUUUCUGUGCAGAAGCGGAGCUGAGAGAAGGCAGGAGCGUUUGCCUCAACGGAGGUCAAUGUCUGAACCAUCGAAAAGGGAUUGAUGACCAGCCUUCCCCCGUUAAGGCAGAGGAGUCCUUCAUUUGUCAGUGUCCAGCGGGCUUCAGUGGUCCUAGGUGCGAAAUUCGCACGCCUAGUUGUGACAAUGUCAGUCUCUGCCAAAAUGGCGGUGUUUGUACGGUCGAGGGCACCAGACUCAAGUGCGAUUGUCCCCAUGGGCUUGGAGGAACCUUCUGCGAGGUGGAUUUGGUCGAUGAGUGUGCUCGAGCUGGAAACUGCCUCAACGGUGGCAGAUGCAUUGAUGGCCACGGGAACUACACAUGCGAAUGUCUCCCAGAUUUCUGCGGGCGCCGGUGUGAGCUGAGUGGAUUCGCGUGUGCAAUUGAAGCUACCACCGACCCGAACCGCUGGCCCGGUGAGGCCGCCGAAGCUCGCCUCUGUGAAAUUGCAGAGUGUCAAAUGAAGGCGGGAAACGGCAGAUGUGAUCCAGAGUGUGACCGAUUUGCGUGUGGCUUUGAUGCCGGUGAAUGUCUUUAUUCGAUGCAGUUUUUGACCGACCCUGUCUCCGUACAUGACGCCAAGUUGACCAUGGCAUUACCCUGGGCCAAUUGUACCGCAAUUCAUCAAGAGGGCUUCCCCUGUCAUCUGCGUUUUGGUGAUGGCAAAUGUGAUCCAACCUGCGAUUCGGCAUCCUGUCUGUUCGACGGCUGGGACUGCAUGCACGAUUCCAUCGAUGCCAAUCUGCCUUCAAGGACUUUUGCUCGCACGAAAGGUAAAGUCGAAUGGGAGGAACGAAGCAAAUCCCCUCCGGAGCCAGUUGAAGGAAGCCUGAUAUUGUUGCUUGGAGUUCCCCCGUCAGAACUUCUUCCAGAGGACAACAAAAAGCGAGGUUUGGAACGUCAAUUUCUCGAAGGACUAGGCAGACUUCUGCGAGUCCAGCUGCGCAUCCGUCAACUGCCAAACACCGGCGCGCCCAUGGUCUACCCUGUAAAAAUCAUGACACAAACAACCACUCCAAGAGCACAACCUCGAAAGGACAAUUUUUGGUCCCUUCUCGACCCCACUGUCGCUGCCGGUGGCAUGAAUGUGUCGGUCAACCAACUGAUCAUCGACCAGGGCCAGACACACAACCUUGAACAGGUGAUUGCUCUGCUUACGACUGGGGCUCACAAACCGGAGAUUCUCCACAGAAGGCGCCGCGAAGCCCAGGAAGUAAAGUUGGGCAGUCGGGUCUUCCUAGAGGUGCAGGAUGGAAGUUGCCAGAAAUCAGGUUCCUGCAUCCACAAUGUUGAAACAGCGGCCCAGUUUGUCUCAGCAGCCCUACGGACUCGGCGUUACACACCUCCUGUGGACAUCCUCUCGAUAGAGACGGCUUCUCCCGAAACCCUUCAGCAGCUGAUGUCAGAUGGCAGCUACUCGGGCGGCAGGAGGUCCAUAUUCGAUCAUCUGGGACUCCAUGGGACCCUUGUCUACUGUCUAAUUGGCCUGAUAUGCUCUCUUGUCCUCCUCUCACUAUUUGGCGUCCUUUACGGAAUCAUGCAACGACGAGUUCAGGGCCAGGACAUUGAACCGGGAUCGGGUUAUGGUCAGAAGAACCUUAUGAAGAAGAUCAAGACAACCUCCAUUUGGUACCCCCGUAAUUCUGGUUCCCGGGAGGGCAGUCGACAUCAGCAUCAUCACCACAGUGCGGUGUUCGGUGGCUUCCCUACAGCCGCAUGCGCAGAGGGUGGGACUGGAACUCCUAGUCUGGCGACACAGGCAAGAGCCCGUGCCAUGGUCACACCCCACAGCUCCCACUUGCCUUUUUGGUCACGUGAACGGGCUUUGGCUGCGGCCGGGGAGAAGCUUGCUCUACGCGCGUCCGCCUACCCCGCUCCCCAGCCCCUGCCUCCAACUCCCUCGACAACUGCAGGCUACUCACAGGCCUGCACCACAGCCAAUGCUGACAGCAGUCAGGUCCCCAACGCCGAAAUUUCGUCAACUACACCACUACUGACCGCACUUCCAGUGAUGGCCUCCUCUCAGUUGUCCCAGGUGGACGUGAAGGCCUACUUCACAAGUCUCAUGGAAAACCUGGUCACCGGCGACGGUCUCACAGAGUCAUUCAGUGACGGUCUAGUGCAAAAACUGGAGUACCUGCGUAACAUCGAGAUGCAGCAUUCUGAAUCAACGAUCUACCGAGGUGGCGGUGGCGGCGGAGGAGGAAGUGGAGGCGCAGGGAGCGGAACCAGUCAGAGGCACGCGAAACGACAACCGACCAACACUUUGUUAGCACAGUUACUGGCCAGCACAGUGCCAGAGACUGGCGAGACGCUGCUUCAUUUGGCCGCAAGACAUAACUGCGCCAGUGCAGUCUCAGCACUACUCAAUGCGGGAGCAGAUCCGUAUGCCUUUGACUCGCAGGGUAAUAGUGUUCUGCUAACAGCGGUGAAUGCUUCCGCCGUCGAUGCAGUUCGGACUUUGCUGAUGAGCAACCAGGUUGCCUCGGACCUUCCACGCCUGUUCGUCGCCUGCCCCACCGAGGACAAAACCACUGCUCUCAUACAAGCCGUCAAAAUUGCAGAUAUUGGUGAGUAUUUCGGUUCUGAAAUUGUGCCCCAAAGCUACACAGAAAUCAUUGAAUAA